GGGCGAUAUGCCUACCCCAUCCACUUUGGCCCGAAGCAACCCUGCACUGCAUAUUGAUGGCGGAUUGACGCUCUUUCGCUAGCAAAAUAAAUUUUCUGAUCGAGAAAAGAUCUUUCCAGUGUAGUUCAGCGCGUGGCCAUCGUUUUUCGCCAUGAGACGGCGCAGCGAGCGAAAAAAGUCGUCGUCGCCCGCUCCGGUGCCGGUGGCACGGCGUAGUCGCCGCUCCCGCAAGGUGUCCGAGAACGAGAAGACGGAGGACGAGACCACUGGCCAGAAGGAGACCUUGGACACACCCACUGAGAACAUCGGACAGACGGAAUUGGCGCACGCCUCUGCCGCGCGCUCCGAAGAAAUCAAUGAGGGGCGCGCCUCGAGCGAGGAACGUGCCGGAUCCGGAGCAUCGCCAGUGCGCAAGAGUCGCGGCAGCCGGACGACGCCCAAGAAGCGCGCGGAGGCCAAGGGCGGCGACAAGAAUAAAGCGGUGGACACCAUCCCCGAGGAGGAGCCGGAGAACGGCCAGGAUGUGGCCAAGGACAGUGUGCAGGAGCAGGAAACGGCUGUGGAGCCGCCAGCAAAGGCUCAGGAGAGCGAGUCCGAAGAGCUUGCCAAAAAAGAGGAUCAGCCGGCUCCAGUCCCAGAAGAAUCCCAGCCAGAACCCACUGUUGCCAAGGAUACAGAAGCUGAGAAAGAGGAGGAUAAACCCCAGCCGGGCGCCCAAGCUGCCGAGGAUGACAGCAGCAAGCAGAGCGAGCCAAUUCAAGAGGUAAAAGUUCCUUCUCCUUCCAGUAAGGAUGAGGAACAUCUAAAAACGUCUAGCGAUGUAUUAGACAUUCAGACAGAAGAGGUCGAGGAAAGGGACGAAGACGCCCCAGCUCCAGCGGAUCGCAGAGAGUCCAAGAAGAAACACAAGGAGCAGAAACAGGAACAGCAGGCCAAGGAGGAGGAGGACCAGAAGGAGAACCGCAAGCAGAAGGAGGAAAAACCAGAACAAAUUCAGGAUGAACCAGCAGAUCUUCCGAACGACAAGCACGAGACAACCGUAAACAGCAGCGCAACCAACACAACCACCGCUCCAGCACUCCAGCAGCAGCGAUCGGUAAGGAAGCGCAAAUGGCUGACGAACAAAAAGUCCUUGGACCGGGCCCCACCAGUGCUUGCCAUUUCGACGGAUUCCCUGAAGAACAUAAUAGCCGACGUGGUGCAGCCGGUGCCCCUCAGCGAUGUGCAACUAGAAUCCUCUUCGGAGGAGGAGGGCCUGGUCACCAGCGAUCGGGAGUCGGAGCGAUCCGGUUCGCCGAUGCCAGCCUCCGAGGCGCGCAAGGAACGCGAAGCCGACGCCAUUACCGCAACAACCUGCGACACCGGCGUAGAGGCGACGACAGACAAGGAAGGCGCAGGAGCCACUGGGCGGACCACUCCCACGCCAGCCGCAGACACGGUGCCGGCGCAGGGCGGCCAGAGCAAAGCCACAGCCGCCACGGCCGCACCACAUAUCGUCCGCUCUCCUAGUCCUGCGCGCAACCGCGCCAGCCAUGUGCUCUACAUCACCAACCUGGUGCGCCCCUUUACGGUGUUGCAGCUAAAAGGCCUGCUGGCGCGGACGGGAAAGAUCGUCGAUGAAGAUGGUUUUUGGAUAGAUCGCAUCAAGUCUAAGUGCUUCGUUGCCUACUCUACUGAAGACGAGGCUAUUGAAACCCGCCAUGCCCUGCACGGAGUUCGUUGGCCAGUCUCGAACCCGAAAUGUUUGAACGUGGAUUUCGGCAGUCGCACAGACAUGGAUCGUGCGAUACUUUCAACGAAAGACGAAGCUCCAAGGUAUGGCCAGGAAAACACCAGAGAUAACCAGCAGUCGGGCAACGCUUGGUCCCGAUUGGAACCGACGGACAAAAAGCCUGUGCGCCCAGUACGCGAAUGGGAUGUGGGCAAAAAGGAGCCAAGCGACCACGACAAAAUCAGCAACGACAGACGUCGGGGGAGCAAGGAUCGACUGGACUCGAGAUCUCGGGACGCGGAACGCCCCGGACAGGAACGCAAACGCUCUAGGGAUAAAGAGGGGCGAGGACGCGACCGGGAGCGGGACCGCAACGACCGCAAUGCACACGCAAGAAGCCGCAGUGGAUCACCAGCGCCCAAAACUAAAAGGAAGGAGAAUGAACCUCCUAUCAGGCUAUUAGAUGAUCUAUUUCGUAAGACUAAGGGAACGCCUUGCAUCUACUGGCUGCCGCUGACGCCGGAAGCUAUCGCUGAAAAGGAGGCAUUCCGUCAGAAACGCAUCGAGGAGCAUAAGCUGCGCAUAAAGGAGAGGGAGGAUCGUCAGAAAGAGCGUGAGAAGGAUCGCGACCGCCAGCGCGACACACGUCGCAAUCGUUCCAAUGAACGGAGACGAUCACGCAGUCGCGAGCGCGAGCGACGACGUUACUAGGCGGAGGCUUGAGAUUAAGCAAAUAAACGUUGAAAAUAUCUCAAAAACUGACAUCAACAUCCACAAAAAACCGAAAAUGAUAAACAGCAACUAAAACUUCUGCAGGGUUCCAUUACCACCCAAAUAAUUUCCAUUUUUCGAACGUUUUGCGUUCCCAAAUAUACCGACGUUGUAAUAUUCAACUUGAAGUGAACACACUUCAAUUUGAAUAUUUCCUUCAACGUCAUAUCCAUAUUCUAAUUUUGAGAUUUCCAAUUCUCUUUUCUACGUUAUUUUUCUCAUAGUUGUUGUUUCAUAUAUACCGCAUAUAUAUUACAUAUAUAUAUAUAUAACCUGAUUUGAUUUCUUUCCUCAAAUGUAGCAUUUUACAGCGCCUAACGUCACCUCACCCCAAAAACAACCACAGCCCCCCAACAACCAGCGACGCCAGAAAUGCGCCGGCAUCACCGUCAACGCAAUGGAACCUUACCGUCGGAUUCUAGAAACUCUUGCAGCAAGUUUCAUGCUUACAUCUAUAUAUUAAACAAACAGAAAAUUGAUCAAUUGUAACAUCAAUGUUUCUUAAAAUUUUAAUGAACUUAGAAAUACAAUUUAACAACAGUCGGCAAGCUUGUGACAAUGCCAAAACCAUAAA